AACAAACAAAAAGACAAAUAAUGUCGAGUGUGUGAGGGAGAGAAGUGGUUCGGGCUUAAGAGAAGUCGCAGCUUGCUGUAACAACGAUAACCCAAGAACUAGUCAAAGACGACCGAGAGUGAGAGAAUCUUUCAGCCACAACAAAUAACUGAUGGGAUAUAUAUAUACUUGUCACUACACGGUGAAGUUAGUUGCGGUCAGAAAGAAAUAAAAUCCCAACCGAAAUCCGCAUCUCCUUUCGCCGAAUGAUAGCAAACAUUAUCGACUUGACUUGUUCAAAAUGUCCAGCAACAGGCAUAAGAUGUAUCGCAGCCAGACGGGCUGUUGCAUCUGUCGCGUGAAAUCUUCUAGCUCUCGCUUUACAAGCAGUGAGCGAUAUGAAAGAGACUUUCGGCGGUGUUUUCACGUGGCCAACAGAUCAGGGGAUAUCUGCAAUGCGUGCGUGCUUCUUGUUAAACGGUGGCGGAUGAGGAAAGAUAAGGAUCGACAUUGGGAAUAUGUGGUUGAUCUCCGCUUAAAUCCAGGUGCAAGGUCUAUAUUAAAAAGAAAAAAACGCCAGACCAAAGUGGACAACCAAACUGGAGAACCUCGGAAACAUGGAGUUGCAUGUAGCUGCGAUAUCUGUGAAGGAAUAAGGUCAGUGGGACACAUAGUUGCCAAAAGACGAGAACGGAAACGGCGAGAGAAAGAAGAAGCACUGAUGGAAAGUGAUGGUCACUACUGGCGAAUUUAUAUGAUUCCAUGUGGAUGUGGUCCUGUUUUAAUAGGACGAGCCAAUGAAAUAAUGGUCGAUGAAGGUUUAAUGAAAUGGUGCAGGAAACCUGGUUGUUACAUGGGCAAUAGUUCUACUGACCAAGAGAGCAGAACUGGAACGAGAGAGUCUUCUUUAGAAAUAAUUAGUGACAGUGCAGCCAGUGCUAGCAGCAAUGAAUUGGACUUCUAAAAACAACAAAAAUUCAGGUUCCCCUCCCUUCCUCUCCCUCUUUCUGCCUUCCCCUUCAAAUCCACCGACACUACCCUUGCUACUCCUAAUCGGGUGUAUUGCUAGCAUGUCUUGUAGGUCACAGAAACUAACCACUACCAUACAACUCUCACCGUGGCUACAAAGCAAAUCUGUUGCAACAACAUAGAAAAAUAAGCUCAAUGGCAAUGUAUGAUUUUUUUUUUGUAUGAUAUGUGUGUGUAUGAGAGAGUGUAUAUGUGAGUGGGAGUGUAUAUGUGUGUGUAUAUGUAUAGCUAAAUGAAUGUUUUUCUUGCUUGUUUAGAAUGUUGCAUGAGUAGUCCUGGAUCUCAGCCAACUGUUAACAAACACUAAAGAAGCUAUUCCAAUAGCAGAUAUUUUCCAAAUUUAAUUUUUUUUUUCCAUGGAUGAGAGAUUUGUUCUGAGAACAGCAAAACAAAAAACACAAAUCAAAACAACACAAGCAAUACAGCACAAAAUACAUGCAAAAGAAUAGAAAAAUAUAAGAACCAAAUUAACCACAACUUUUUAUUUGAAAUAUCACCAUAUCUCUCCCUCUUUCCCGUUCUGCCUCUUUCCUCUUUCUUUCUCACUUUUAUAUUUCAUACAUCCCAUCAGUCAUUCAUAUUUUAUUUUUAUUUUCUCACUUUUUCUUUCUCAUCUAAAAAUGACUGACCAUUUCCCCAUCUAUGUCAACAAAUUAAUUUUUCUCCAACAAGGAAAAAAUUACAUAUAUACAUACACACACACAUAUCUAUAUAUUUUUUUUAUCAUUCAUAUUUCAAAGGUAAAAAA